AUGGACGACCUCUACGAUGAGUUCGGUAACUACAUCGGCGAAGCCGAGUCCGAUGAGGAGCAGCAGGAGCAGGUCCCGCAGGCCUUCAAGUUUGACGAGGCCUUCGAGGACGAGGAAGAAGAUGAGGAAGUCAAUGAUCAGCAAUUGAUGGAGGUGGAUGAUGGCCCUUCGAAUGCAGUCAUAUUACACGAGGACAAGCAAUACUACCCCAGCGCGCAACAAGUAUAUGGCGCCGAUGUCGAAACUAUGGUCCAGGAGGAGGAUGCGCAGCCGUUGUCCGAGCCCAUUAUCGCGCCCGUCCAGCAGAAGAAAUUUGCGAUCGCUGAAACGGAGCUUCCGCCCGUCUAUUUCUCUCGCGAAUUCAUGACAGAUUUGCUCAACUUCCCCGAGCAAAUACGAAAUGUAGCUGUGGUGGGCCAUUUGCACCAUGGAAAGACCGCUUUCAUGGAUAUGCUGGUGCGACAGACACAUGACCUUUCGGCGCGGCUAGAGAAGCGGCAAGGCAAGCGCAAGGAAGAACAGCUUCGUUAUACCGAUGUUCACUUCCUUGAGCGCGAGCGGGGGGUCUCCAUCAAGGCAGCGCCCAUGAGCUUGGUACUCCAGGGAACCAAGGGGAAGUCUCACCUCUUUAACAUUAUCGAUACCCCCGGCCAUGUGAACUUUGUGGAUGAGGUCGCCGCAUCGAUUCGCCUGGCCGAUGGUGUCGUCCUCGUUGUGGAUGUCGUCGAGGGUGUGCAAGCAAAUACCGAGCAGAUUAUCAAGCAUGCGGUCUUGGAGGAUAUUCCCUUGACCCUGGUGGUGAAUAAGAUGGACCGGCUCAUCUUGGAGCUCAAGCUGCCGCCCAAUGACGCUUACUUCAAGCUGAAGCAUGUCAUUGAAGAGGUCAACACGGUGAUUGAAAAUGUUGUCCCAGGCCAGGGCGAGCGGCGACGGUUGAGCCCCGAGAAGGGCAAUGUCGCUUUUGCGUCCAGCUCGAUGAACUGGUGCUUUACCUUGCAGUCUUUCGCUCGCAUAUACGCCGACACCUACCCGAAACUAGACUCCACCGAGUUCGCGGCGCGUCUCUGGGGUGAUAUUUUCUACAACCCCCAGAGCCGGAAGUUUACCCGGAAGGGCGUGGAGGAAAACGCGAAGCGGGCAUUUGUGAAGUUCAUCCUCGAACCUAUCUACAAACUCUAUUCGCACACAAUCAGUGAAAGCCCGGAGGAUCUCAAACAAACGCUGGCGAGUGUGGGUGUCACCUUAAAGCCGUCUCAAUUGAAAACGGACGCAGCCGAGCUCCUGAACCUGGUCUGUGAGCAAUUCUUUGGUCCUCCAACCGGAUUUGUGGAUAUGGUCGUUCAGCACGUCCCUUCCCCAGUUGGCGGCGCUCAGCGAAUGCUAGAACGCUUCUACACUGGGCCCUUGGAUACAAAGGUUGCGGCUUCGAUGUCUGCCUGUGACCAAGAUGGCCCCUUGGUCGUUCAUGUCACCAAGCUUUUCAGCACCACCGACGCCACGGGUUUCAAUUCUUUCGGAAGGAUCUUGAGUGGCACUGCUCGACCGGGUCAGCAAGUUCGUGUUCUUGGAGAGGGAUAUACCCCCGAGGAUGAGGAGGACAUGGUCGUUGCAACAAUCUCAGACACAUGGAUUACCGAGACCUGCUAUAAUAUUUCCACCGACGGCGUCCCCGCCGGCAACUGGGUUCUUUUGGGUGGCGUGGACAAUUCUAUCGUCAAGACGGCGACGCUCGUCCCGCUCAAAUUGGAAGAAGAUGAGGAACCGUAUAUCUUCCGUCCCAUCCGGCAUCUGACUGAGUCUGUUUUCAAGGUCGCUGUGGAGCCCGUGAACCCGUCCGAACUGCCCAAGAUGCUGGACGGACUGCGCCGGGUCAACAAGAGUUAUCCUCUCAUUUCCACCAAGGUGGAGGAGUCUGGUGAGCACGUCGUGCUGGGUACUGGCGAGCUCUACAUGGACUGCGUACUCCAUGACCUCCGACGACUGUACUCCGAGAUGGAAAUCAAGGUCUCUGAUCCGGUUACCCGAUUCUGCGAGACGGUGGUUGAAACUUCGGCGAUCAUGUGUUACUCGAUCACGCCGAAUAAAAAGAACAAGAUCACCAUGAUCGCUGAACCUUUGGACGACGGGAUCGCAGAGGACAUUGAAAGUGGCAAGGUCAGCAUCAAGGAUCCUAUUCGGAAGGUUGCUCGCUAUUUCGAGGAGAACUAUGACUGGGAUAAGCUUGCUGCCCGCAGCAUCUGGGCGUUUGGCCCUGAGGAGAUGGGGCCCAACAUUCUCCAGGAUGACACAUUGCCCUCGCAGGUGGACAAGAAGCUCCUCGGAACCGUGCGAGACUCCAUCACGCAGGGUUUCAGCUGGGGCACGAGAGAGGGGCCUUUGUGUGAAGAACCGAUUCGGAACACGAAAUUCAGGCUCACUGACGUGUCUCUUGCUGACCAAGCCAUCUAUCGCGGCGGCGGCCAGAUCAUUCCUACUGCUCGCCGGGCCGUGUACUCGUCAUUCCUGAUGGCCUCACCCCGACUCAUGGAACCCAUCUACUCGUGCACGAUGACCGGGCCCGCCGACGCCGUCGCAUCCGUCUACACCGUGCUCUCCCGCCGACGAGGCCACGUCCUGUCCGACGGCCCGAUCGCCGGAACUCCGCUCUACUCUGUCCGCGGAUUGAUCCCCGUGAUUGAUUCAUUUGGCUUUGAGACCGAUCUGCGCAUCCACACCCAGGGCCAGGCCAUGGUCAGUCUGGCCUUCGAUAAGUGGAGCGUCGUGCCUGGCGAUCCGCUGGACCGGGAUGUGAAACUGAAGCCGCUGGAAGUGGCCAAUGCCAUGUCCACUGCGCGCGACUUUGUGCUGAAGACUCGUCGGCGGAAGGGUCUGGCGGAGGAUGUCACGGUCAGCAAGUUCUUGGAACCGGAGCUGUGGAAGGGUCUACAGGAGAGCGGUGUUUUGGAUUCAUGA